CAGGGGAGCCUGGGAAGUGGGGAUGACACAGAUAGCAAGUCCUAGUCAGAGCUGCCGCUACAUUUAGGAGAAAGCAGUGUCCGAGACUGCCACUCUCCAACAGGGCCCGUGGAGGGGGGGCAGUGUGAGGGGCAUGGACGCCACCCUCCGGGGGUCUCUGCUGCCAGCUACUCUCCUCUCCACGCACUCCCCACUUUCAGGCUGUCUUCUCUGGGGAAAGAACCCACAGGAAAUGGGGUGACACUAGAACAGCAAAGAUUGGGGUUAGAGGCCUCCAGGAUUUCCAGUGAGAAGGACCUACUGUGGGAUUCUGCAACCCUUGUGCCCUGAGAGUUUUCACUUCCUUGCCGCAGCUUGAAUUUAUCAGUGCCCCUCCAGGACCCCUGACGCCGCCGGGGCCACCCGCGGACUGCAGGCGCGCGCUGCACUCGCCCUGACGCUGGUCGCCGCGCGUCGCCAUGGCGCAGGAGAACGCGGCCUUCUCACCCGGGCCGGAGGAACCACCCCGGCGCCGCGGGCGCCAGCGCUACGUGGAGAAGGACGGCAGGUGCAACGUGCAGCAGGGCAACGUGCGUGAGACGUACCGCUACCUGACCGACCUGUUCACCACGCUGGUGGACCUGCAGUGGCGCCUCAGCCUGCUCUUCUUCGUGCUCGCCUACGCGCUCACCUGGCUCUUCUUCGGCGCCAUCUGGUGGCUGAUCGCCUACGGCCGCGGCGACCUGGAGCACCUGGAGGACACCGCGUGGACGCCGUGCGUCAACAACCUCAACGGCUUCGUGGCCGCCUUCCUCUUCUCCAUCGAGACGGAGACCACCAUCGGCUACGGACACCGCGUCAUCACCGACCAGUGCCCCGAGGGCAUCGUGCUGCUGCUGCUGCAGGCCAUCCUGGGCUCCAUGGUGAACGCCUUCAUGGUGGGCUGUAUGUUCGUCAAGAUCUCGCAGCCCAACAAGCGCGCCGCCACGCUCGUCUUCUCCUCACACGCCGUGGUAUCCUUGCGCGACGGGCGCCUGUGCCUCAUGUUCCGCGUGGGCGACUUGCGCUCCUCGCACAUCGUGGAGGCCUCCAUCCGUGCCAAGCUCAUCCGCUCGCGCCAGACGCUGGAAGGCGAGUUCAUCCCGUUGCACCAGACCGACCUCAGCGUGGGCUUCGAUACGGGCGACGACCGUCUCUUCCUCGUCUCACCGCUCGUCAUCAGCCACGAAAUCGACGCUGCCAGCCCCUUCUGGGAGGCGUCACGCCGCGCCCUGGAGCGGGACGACUUCGAGAUCGUGGUCAUCCUCGAGGGCAUGGUGGAAGCCACGGGGAUGACGUGCCAAGCUCGGAGCUCCUAUCUGGUGGACGAGGUGCUAUGGGGCCACCGCUUUACGUCAGUGCUGACCCUGGAGGAUGGCUUCUACGAGGUGGACUAUGCCAGCUUCCAUGAGACCUUUGAGGUGCCCACACCUUCAUGCAGUGCCCGGGAACUGGCAGAGGCUGCAGCGCGCCUUGAUGCCCAUCUGUACUGGUCCAUCCCUAGCCGGCUGGAUGAGAAGGUGGAGGAGGAGGGAGCCGGGGAGGGCGCAGGUGGGGAAGCCGGGGAUGACAAGGAGCAGAACGGCUGCCUGCCACCCCCAGAGAAUGAGUCCAAGGUGUGACCGGUUUCCUCCAGACCCCUGUGGCAGACAGGGGGCCAGACACAGGUACAUGGGGAGCUGGGUAGAGGAGGUAGAAGAGGAAGGAGCAGGCAAGGUCCCAGGGAAUGGAGAGGCCUCCUGAGGACCUUGAGUCUAGAAUCCAGUGUGAAUGGAGGGGCCGGGUUGGAGAAGAAUGGAGGGCAGGGAAGGGUGAACCUGUCUGUGUUUGACCUUCACAUCUGUUCAUGGGGUGGAUGGACCAUCAGAAGAAUGAACUUUCGGGGACUGGAUGGGAAGGUGGUGGCUAAUGGAGAGGUCAAUGGGCUGUGGAUACCUGAAGCACACCUGUGUGCAGAUUCUAGAAAGGUGGGUACCCUUUUCCUCCAAGUAGUGCACCCCCAGGUCAGAUGCAUGACUUGGGGAACAGUUCCUAUUCACUUCCUCAGCCAGCCACCCUGCGUGUGGCCCACCUAAUUGGACGCAGUGGCCCAAGCUGAACCAGAGAGAAGACUGCGUGAAGUGGGCCCAGAUGAGGAGAGUCCUCCCUCCUCCACACUCCCACAGUGACAGGCUCACCAGAAGAAAGCGUUGCAAGGGAGCUUGGAAAAGUGUCAGUGACCUUAAUCCUUGGGAUGCAGGGUUACAGGCAGCAGGAGCAGAUGCCAGCACUGGGGCCCUGAGCAAGGGAUGGCUAUUUGGUGGAGUGAGGUCUUAUUGGUAACACUGCAGAAGCAGGAGGGGAGAGAGAGGUUCUAAUGCAAAGAAGGGCAAGGAGUAAGAUCUAGAAGGUGGGUUCUGGGGGCAGAUGGGAAACUCGGGAAAGCAGUUUGUCCUUGGGGGACAGUGGGGAGGAUCAUUCAGAUCACUGCUUGGAUAUCAAGUAGAGUGGACACUCACUGACCUGCCCCUAAUACUGGAACCCAGAGCACACGAGGAGAACAGGAAAAUGCCUGUGGCCAUUGGAUGGGGUCCAGUUCACACUGAGAAGCUGUGCAAUCUCUUGGAGCAGGAGCUGGGAGCAGUCUGGAAAUCAGAACACCAUGGGUUGAGUAAGGCAGGGGAAUGAUGAAAGCCUGCAGCUGUAAAACUGCUGUGUACAGAAUCACCUGGAGAGCUUGUUAAAACACAGAUCACUGGGCCCCACUCCCGGGGUUGACUCAAUAGGUCAGGUGGAAACCAGAAAUUGGCAUGUCUAACAAGUUCCCAACUCAUGCUGACGCUACUAGACUAGGGACCACAUCGCAGUGGGACAUGUGAGGACCCUCAGGGAGCAGACAAGCAGGAAGAGCUUGGAGGACUGAAGAUGCAGGAGUGACUAAGAGAGAAAAGCAGUGCAGACCUGGGGGGUCUGUGGCCUGCUUUCUGCGUCACUGAGCCAGAGACGCCUGGAGACGCAUAGUCAUCCGAGGAUGACAUAGGGAGGGCAGUGUGAGGGAGCGGACAGUGGACUGGUUAGAGGACCUGAGGUUGGCCUCCUGGGGGAAGUGCAGCCCAGGGGAGCAUGUCCUCUAGUGGCCCAGGCAGGCCCUCUGUUCUUCCAGCCCUGCUAGUCCCCAUUCCAUCCUCAAAUAAAGAGUCUGCUUGGCGGAGGCCGGCACCUGAGUCGGUCCUAUUCCAGGCUAGGAGGCGGGGACCCUGUGGGGCACUGUGUGUCUCCCAAGAGAAAAGGGGUCACCCCGGUUUGCAGUCAUUUAAAGGACCCAAGCCUGUGCCCCUUCCCUUAAGUCCAGGCAGGGAUGUCUUUCCACCUCAGGUCCUGAGGCUACCUGGGUCACAGGCAGUCAAAGCCAGGGUCCCUGAAAGCCAGCAUCUGCUGUUCCCCCAACAGAUGUGGGGUAGGGCAUGGGGAGUGAUCCGGGGUUAAUUCAGUGAAACAGAUGGAGUCUGGACAGGAGGGUAGCUGCUUGGUUCCCACACACACUCAUUUAGCACUGGAGCUGCUGCAACUGAACAGAUGGAGAAACUGAGGCGACAGCAGGCUCCCUCCUACCCAGAAGUCACUGAGAUGCUGCCACACCUGUCCUCGCCUCUGUCACUGCUCAGGGCACCACUGUACAGUGCAGUCAGGAGACUGGGGCUGUAGUGCCAAUACUGAGUGUCACUGAUGAGCUGCAUGACUCUGAGCAAGUCACACAGGUCACUGGGCCUCAGUUUCCACAUCUGUAAAAAUGACUUAGUAAAACUCAAUAAAUGUUAAAUAGUUGAAUUGAA